AUGGCGACAAUCACUGAGGUGCGCGAGCGGACCGCGAAUGGUAACCGUGGCGGCGAGGCGACUGGUAAUGGAAACGGCAAAGAUGGCGAAGCGUCAACGUACAGCGGCAAGGAGCACAAGUGGGCUCGCCCCGCGGCGACCCGCGAGAACAGUGCCAUGCUGGUGGGCGCGUACACGCCAUACAUUGUCCUGCUUGCCUUCACCCUAGUCUUCCACGAGACACCCUUUGCCGAGCGGUUCUACACCCACCUCAACGCGCACUACACGUGCUUCCAGAUCUCGUUCUACGGCUCCCUCAUCGUCACGACGGGCGUGUACUGGCUGCUGGGGUUUAUCUUUAUGGCAUUCGACCUCGUGGACCCCUUGCACAACUGGAUCAAGCGGUGGAAGGUCCAGCCCGACGUGCGGCCCACCUUGGCCAUGUACCGCGAGGUGUUUACGCUGGUGGUCCGCAACUUGGUGUGCGUCAACGUGCCCGUCGCGUUCGUCACGUCUGUAGUGAACCCGUUCCGCGUCGACGUGCCCCUCCCGCGCGCCUGGGAGACGCUGUGGACCUUCUUCCUCACGCUGGCGUUUGAGGAGGUCGGGUUUUACUGCGUCCACCGCACGUUCCAUAGCAAGCGCUUCUACGCGUCUGUCCACAAGACGCACCACAAGUUUACUGCCCCCGUCGCCUUUUCCGGAACGUACGCGACUGUGAUUGAGCACUUCUUCUCCAACCUGUUCCCCGUCAUGCUCCCCUUCUACCUCACCAACGCGCACUUUAGCUGCGCCAUGUGCUUUUUCUGCUCGUUGCUAAUGGACACGACCAUCACGCACUCGGGCUACAACGUGCCGUACCUCAUCAACGCGCUCAAGCACGACUGGCACCACUACGCGUUUACGGAAAACUUUGGCCCGAUCGGGUUCAUGGAUAAAAUCAUGGGUACGAACACGCGCUAUAACGCGUGGCUCGGUGAGCUGAAGCGCCGGGACGUGGAUGGCUGGCUUGCAACUGGGCGGCUGGAGCUGGCGGAGAAGACGCAGUGA